AAAAGGGGACCGCCCGAUGCCACUCCGAAGCAAUGUUCAGGCAGUUCCCAGACCCAAUACUGCUCCGGCGAGAGCCAAAAGGUUGAUUGGAAGUCUCACGAAAAGACUUGCGGCAAGACUCAGCCAUCGACCGCAACCUCGACCUCUGGAGCCUCAACCACUGAAGCAUCAUCCUCGGAAGCCUCAUCCACGGAGAGCAAGCCUGGUUCAUCUCGGCCAACUCACGACAUGCCCUUCACUCGUCUUGAUCAGGGCAUCUGGCUUCACGACCGCCCUGAGAUGGAAACCUAUAAGUUACUCAUCGACGCCUAUCGACUUCGCGUCGAAGAUGCCUACGUUUUUCGCGGCGAGCUCAUGAAAGGCAGUCUCUAUGCCACCCGCUCCAGCGGUAUACAGGGCUUCCGCAAGUUUUUGGAGAAGGCUGCUACCGUCCCUGACCUUUUGCCCCCGUGGUGGAACGACGAGAAGAAGAGGGCCUGCGAAAAUCUGGGCAUGGAAGAGUCGCAGUGGUCGAGCCUUAGCUACUGCGUUGAAAAGAGCGACAUCAUUGAUCACUACAAGGAUCGUUUGUUCCCAAUGAAGCUGCGGAUGUUGGGUGAAGCUAUUUAUGGAGAACAUCCGAGUGGU